AUGGCUACCGCUACUCUGAACAACAUCAAGGAGCAUCGCCUCCCAACCGACUCGUACAAACACAUGUGGGCGCGCUAUGUUGCAAAAAGAGCUUUCGAUGAAGACAUCAAGUCCGCCUCAAAGCGGUUAGUUGAAGCACAGAAAGCCAAUCCCGAUCUUUUCUCUGGCAAGAUCAGCCAAGAUAUGCGCGUGGCUACAAUCCUUGCCAAAACACAGGAGGAAAUCGGCACUGGCCUUGUUCCCAGAGAUUCCAAGAAGCUAGACAUUGGAAUCAUCGGCGCUGGUGUUUCUGGACUCUUCACUGCUCUGGUCUUUGACUGGCUUAAUGAAGAGUGCAAGGACCAGGGACUCAAGAUUAACUACGACAUCAUUGAGGCCGGCGAGGAGGCCAGAUUGGGCGGACGACUAUAUACUCACAGGUUCUCCGAUGCUCCGCAUGACUACUACGAUGUUGGAGCUAUGCGAUUUCCCAACAACACCAUCAUGAGAAGGUCACCUGGAAAGGGUGGUUUGAUCCCCUACUACAUGGACGACGUCGACGGCGUUUGUCCCACGUACUUCAACGAUGUACGCAAAGUGGGCGACGUCUGGACCGACAAGGCCGAUGAUCCUUUCAGAAUUAACAGUGGUCUUGAAGAAAAGGAUAAGAUCCCCGAAAACAAGCUUGUAGAGGCAGCUUUGGACGUGUUGAUAAAAGACACCAAGAAACAAUUCGACGAAGUCCGUGAAGAGAAUGACGAGAAUGGCACCAAAGCGACCGCGCUCUGGGACAGAUUGAUGAGAGCUGAUAAAUUGAGCGUUCGACAGUUCCUUUCAUUUCAGCGACAUAAAUGUGUCCUCGAGCAACUCGACUUUGACACCCCAAAAACACCCAAGGGCGAGCCCAAGGUCAACUACUGGUGGUGCGUCGACGGAGGCGCCCAAACAAUCGCGCAAAGAAUGGCCAAGAAGAUCAAGAACCCUGUCCAGUACAAGAGCCAGGUGGUAGCCAUCGACGCACAAAUCCCCAAGCGCAAGGAGAAGAAUGACUACACGCCCAUGAAACUAGAGAUCUCGAAUGGCGAAUCGACAAAGGAGAAGGAGUAUUUUGCAGUGUUCAACAGCACAACCCUUGGCGCACUCCAGCGCAUGAAUCUCAAAGAUGCUGGUCUUCUUUGGGGCACCAAGCAGGCCAUUCGUGCCCUUGGAUAUGGUGCUUCAUGCAAGGUCGCCAUCAAGUUCAAGACUGCGUGGUGGCAAAAGGAACCCUUCCGUAUUAGAAAGGGUGGCCUCGCGCAUACCGAUCUGCCCCUUCGCGUUUGUGUCUACCCAUCCUACAACAUCGAGGCCAACGAGGGAGCCGAAUGGGACCCCGAAAAGCCUGCCGUUCUCUUGUGUUCAUACACAUGGGGACAAGACGCCCAGCGCAUGGGUGCCCUGAUCUCUUCUGAUUCUCCUAAGAACGAACAGCAGCUUGUGUCGGUGCUCCUGCACGACCUUGCCCUUCUCCACGCUGAGGAAAGCGGAGAAUGGGAUUACAAGAACCUUCUCAAGACACUCAAAGAACAGUAUCAGGACCAUCAUGCUUAUGAUUGGUACGGCGACCAAAACAUGUCGGGCGCUUUUGCCUACUUCGGACCUGGCCAAUUCUCCAACAUGUGGCAGGAGAUCAUCAAGCCCAACGCGUACGGACAGCUGUACCUCGUCGGCGAAGCAUCGUCCUCUCACCACGCCUGGAUUGUCGGCGCUCUGGAGAGUGUCAUUCGAGCUGUUUAUCUCAUGUUUGAAGGUCUUCAGAAGCAGGAGCCCGACAAUGAAGCCUACAAGAAGGCUGUCAAGCUACUGAGCCAAGCACCCCAAGUUGACCCAAAGACGGAGGGUGGUGAUGUUUUCGGUGGGGAUGCUGGCGAAGGGCCAUUGAAGCCUCAAACCAUGCCAUCAGGACUUCCGUUCUACCCACUCCCAGAGGAGAUGCCCGAUCGUCUUCUGGAUGUAAGCAAAGAUGACAAGGUGCUGCGAGACCCAUUGAAUGAGAACGACGAGUACAAGGAAGGCGCGGCUAUUCUGUUGUCAGUAGCCAUGAUAGGAUGGUCUCUGCUUGAGAGUUACAUAGACUUCGAGCUCGAUGAUCAGAAGGCAAAGCCACAGUGA